UGUCUUGGAAGAGAGGCCACAGCCGGCGAGCACCGCUGGGGCAUCUCGCUCACCUCCGGCAGCCGCACCUGCCUCCCCGCGAGAUGAUUGGGGUCCUGCUCCUGCUCCUGCUCCUCCUCCUCCCCUUUCUCCUGUACAUCGCUGCACCCCAAAUCAGGAAAAUGCUGUCCAGCGGGGUGUGUACCUCAACCGUCCAGCUUCCUGGGAAGGUUGCUGUGGUCACUGGAGCCAACACAGGCAUCGGGAAGGAGACAGCCAAAGAGCUAGCUCAAAGAGGAGCCCGUGUAUAUUUAGCUUGCCGGGAUGUGCAAAAGGGAGAGUUGGUGGCCAGAGAGAUCCAGAUCAUGACAGGGAACCAACAGGUGUUGGUGCGGAAACUGGACUUGGCUGAUACUAAAUCUAUUCGAGCCUUUGCUAAGGGCUUCUUAGCAGAGGAAAAGCAUCUCCACAUUUUGAUCAACAACGCAGGAGUGAUGAUGUGUCCCUACUCCAAGACAGCCGACGGCUUUGAGAUGCACAUAGGAGUCAACCACUUAGGUCACUUCCUCCUGACCCACCUGUUGCUAGAGAAGUUGAAGGAAUCAGCCCCAUCAAGGGUAGUGAAUGUGUCUUCCUUAGCACAUCACCUGGGAAGGAUCCAUUUCCAUAACCUGCAGGGUGAGAAGUUCUACCAUGCAGGUCUGGCCUACUGUCACAGCAAGUUAGCCAACAUUCUCUUUACCCAGGAACUCGCCCGGAGGCUAAAAGGCUCUGGCGUUACAACAUACUCUGUACACCCUGGCACAGUCAACUCUGAACUUGUUCGGCACUCAUACCUCAUGAGAUGGAUUUGGUGGCUUUUCUCCUUCUUCAUCAAGACCCCUCAGCAGGGAGCCCAGACCAGCCUGUACUGUGCCUUAACAGAAGGUCUUGAAGUUCUAAGUGGAAACCAUUUCAGUGACUGCCAUGUGGCAUGGGUCUCUGCGCAGGCUCGUAAUGAGACAGUAGCAAGGCGGCUGUGGGAUGUCAGCUGUGACCUGCUGGGCAUCCCUGUGGAUUGACAGGUGAUGGCAGUUGGACCCAAGAGAAGCCUGCAGUAGACUACUAAGUACUCCCUGCCAAAAUGAUUCUCCUUCAGGAUGGCCAAAACCUUGAGCACAAAGAAAGCAAACCUUCCAGCCUUGCCUGCUUGAUGUCUGAUACAAGCCCAGUGUACACUGCCAGAUUCAUCUAAACGCCUUGCAUUUGUCCAGAUUUAUUUUGCUCCUGUUACUGCCAGAGUUACUAGAGAUAAUAUAGGAUAAGUAGACCUUCAUAUGACCUCCAAGCUCAUAUCUUCCUUCUGAAGCCUACUACCUAGGAGAACCUAAGCUAUGGCAGGGGUUAAUUUCUGGCACUUUGGAUUAGUUUCUAUCCUCUUUGUCCACAAUGUAGUUCCUCCCAACCAAACAACCUUCAAGGGGGCCAUCCUUUAGCUUUAGCUAAACUCCAGGAGUCACAGUGGCUUGGCUCAAGAGCAGGGUUUGUCCCUCACCUCUUAAGAAAACCAUCAUGGCACCAACAUCUGGAUUCUUUCAGGAAACUCUUCACUGAAUCUGGAUUGUGGCAUGGCUUUAUCUCUGACAACCUAAAGCCACUGCUGCUAAAACACUUUCACAUGCCUAGACCACAGAAGAGCUUCCUUUUCUAAGAAGUUGGUGGAGUUUACAGGGUGGCAGAAAUUUGGGGAAAGGCAAAAAUAAAAAUCAAAUUUAAACUGUCA